AACAAACACUGCGCUUGACAGUUCUGGGGGUUGGGUGCAAGACGAGCUCCGCCUAUUUGUUCGACGUCAGAAGAUAUAGGAAGAAGCCUAGCUUAGCUGUUCAGAAACCAACAACAUCAAAUCAUCAUACGUAUUUGCCUUGUCUGGAGACGUUCGCUACAUUUUACAUUCAAUUGAUUGAAUGGCAACGACGGAUACUGUACAGUCGAACCAAUAUUUGAAACCAACCUGUGCCGCUUCAUGCAACUGUAAAGGAUAUCGCGAUGUAAGGGAAGCCAGCACACAAACCGACACCAAAGUACAAGGUCAUGGACCCAGGCUGUCCAAGGUUAACCUCUUCACCCUGCUGAGUUUAUGGAUGGAACUUUUCCCCAAGGAGGAACCAGAAGACAUAAACCAGAAUGACUUUACGCGGGGUACAGGCCUGGUGGUGGUUCGGGACCAGAGGGUGGUGGGUCUCCACUGCUCCGGUCCAGAGCUCCACGUGGGGCAGGUAGCUGUGAUCAGACACGGGCCCAGGCUGGCUGCCUCAGACCUCUACUUCUCUAGGAGACCCUGCGCUACCUGCCUCAAGAUGCUUAUCAAUGCUGGGGUGAGCCGCAUCUCCUUCUGGCCUGGUGACCCUGAGAUGAGUCUGCUAGCGGUCAGGCCUAAUGGGACGGACUCCAUUUCCCAGGAGGCCAUGCUGGACGCCAUUGCAUCCGAGAAGCUGAAGUCCAACAGCCGGCCCCACAUCAGUGUGGUGGUGCAGCCCGUGGCCCCUGGCCUGCAGCAGUUUGUGGAGGAGACCUCUAGGGGGUGUGACUUCAUGGAGAGGGUGUCGGGGGACGACCCCGAAUUGGACGCUGGGGACUUCUACUGGAAGCAGAGGAGACGGAACCUGGACACUUUCUCCGAAGAGUUCCUAAUCCCACACGAACAGUGCCACCGUGACAUUCUCACCAAAAUAGGUCUGGAGAACUUUUGCAUGGAGCCGUACUUCUCCAACCUGCGUCAGAACAUGAGGGAGCUGGUUGGGGUUCUGGCCUCAGUAGCUGCUAGUGUGCCUCUUCUCCAGCAUGGCUUCUACAGGAAGGACUCCCAGCCUGCAACCUCUGAGCAGCCCCAGCCUCAGGGGGUGUCCCAGGAAAUUGCCAGACACUGCAUCGUACAGGCCAGACUGUUGGCCUACAGAACAGAGGACCCUAAGGUUGGGGUUGGUGCUGUCAUUUGGGCAGAAGGGAAAUCGGGUGGUUGUGAUGGCACGGGGCGGCUGUACCUGGUGGGUUGUGGGUACAACGCCUACCCAGUGGGCUCAGAGUACGGACAGUACCCCCAGAUGGACACCAAACAGCAGGACCGCCAGAGGAGGAAGUACCGCUACAUCAUCCACGCUGAGCAGAACGCACUCACCUUCAGGAGUGAAGAGAUCCGCGAGGAGGAGAACACCAUGCUGUUUGUGACUAAGUGUCCGUGUGAUGAGUGUGUCCCUCUGAUCCGAGGAGCUGGGAUCAAGCAGAUCUACACCACUGACCUGGACAGCGGCAAAGACAAGGGAGACAUCUCCUACCUCAGAUUCCACAGCCUCCAAGGAGUCCUGAAGUUCAUUUGGCAGAAGUCCUCUCUGGCCAGGAGAGCCUCUGAACAUGCUGGUCCUCAUCUAGCCAAUGGAUGUGUGAGGAAGCAUGUGAGACAGCCUGAACAGGCCCUUCAAUCCAAUAAGAGGUUACGGUUAGCAACAAAUCCAGACCUUUCCCCUGUUUGUUGAACAAUGGUACCUGUAGCUUUCAGUCUGGUUUCACCAGGCUACGGUCCCCAGGCUCUUGUUGGCAUUGGAAACGUUUAAUUUAUCCAAUCAUUGAUCAGUGAUUCAAGGAAGGAUGCAUUUUAACAAUGUUGGAAAUUCAAAGGCCUCUUCAUGCUCCCCUAUAAUGGACAGUUUUAAGGAGUAAACUCAGUGAUUUUUAAUGGACUGACUGUAUAUUCAAAAACAUUUUUUUUUUUUUAAGUAAUUUUAAGGCAAGUGAACUCUAAAUGCGUGUUUCCUAAUUAUUUGUCUGAAGAGUUUACUAUUAAGGUUACUGUUGAUUGUAGCUUUAAGUUUACUAUAGUUCUUCCAGACUUGAAGAAUACAGUCACAUCCCAGCCAGUGCAAGCUACCGCCACUAUAUUACACUUUGCCUCAAAGGAUACUAACUCCUAGACCUGUGCAACUGUGCUUUGUCUGUUGUUUUUUUGUGACAUGGUUGGCUCCUACAUCCUUGAAUUGUUUCAUCCUGUUUUGCCAAACUGCUUUUAACUGAUAACAAUAAGCAUCUAACAGCAACAAAAAAAAUAUAUAUAAAAUGACAAACCGGAAAAACUAUGUAUGCGUUUCUUUUAUUGGUGUUGUGGUGCAGUAGUAUCAAUGUGAUAAAAAAAAUGAAAUCC